AUGGAGGCUUCAAAUAAGCAGUCCGCCAUCAAAUUAGACCUCGAACUCCAGGCCAAGGUCUCAGGAACAGAAUAUGUCGAUGAGAAGUCCCAUGCUGUCAACACGGACCGACAAGCUGAGCAUGAUCUUACUCUGAGGCAAUGCUUCAAGCAGCAUCCCAAAGUAAUUCUUUGGUGCUUUUACUGGUCAAUUGCUGCUAUCGGUUGGGGUUUCGAUGCCCAGAUCAACGGCGCAAUGAUCUCUGUCGCCUCCUUCCGACGUGACUUCGGAUAUGUCGAGGACGGCAAAGCCAUCCUCCCUGCCGAUUGGCAAACAGCCUUCAACACCAUCAGCUCCGUCGGAGGCUUCUUCGGCGGUUUCAUCUGCUCCUGGAUUUGCGACAAAGUCGGUCGAAAGAACUCCCUUAUCAUGGCUCUUUUGUUAGCUACUGGCGGUACCAUCGGAGAGUGCAUGUCACACAACAACGUUUCCUUCCUCAUGUCCAAGCUGAUACUUGGUUUCGCACUGGGUUUCUUCCUUACUCUCGCACCACUCGCAACAUCCGAGAUCUCGCCUGUUGUGCUCCGUGGUAUCGCGACAGCAGGCGUCAACCUUGGUAUUGCCAUUGGUCAAUUGGUUUCGAAUGGUGUGAUCAAGGCCUUCGGCGAGAGGACUGACCAUUGGGCUUGGCGAGGUGCCUUUGCCACUCAGGGUAUCUUCAUUGUCCUUUUGGCUGCGGGUCUGCCUUUUGCUCCUGAAACACCAUGGUAUCUAGUUCGAAAGGGAAAGAUUGAAGAGGCCAGAAAAUCCAUCAUCUCGCUCUACGGUUCAUCGGUCGAUGUUGACGCCAAGCUUGCCACUAUCCAGGACACAAUUGCCGAAGAGCAAGCCAUGUCAGCCGAAGCACCAUCAUGGGCACAAUGCUUCAAGGGAACCAACCUUGUUCGAACCACGACUAGUAUGGGUGUUUUCGUCUGCCAACACUUUGUGGGCAUCAUUUUCGUCCUGGGAUACUCGACAUACUUCUUCCAACUCGCUGGCCUUGAGGAUUCUCGCAGUUUCGAUCUCGGUGUUGGAGUCACAGCAUGUGGUGUCCUUGGAAACAUCUGCAGUUGGUUCGUCGUCAACUCUUUCGGUCGUCGCAAGAUCUUCCUCUCUGGUAUGGGCGGCCUCACAGUUCUCUUGUUUCUCAUUGGUAUCAUGGACGUAGUCCCCACCGCUGCUGCCAAAUGGGUUCAGGCUGCCUGCACUGUCAUCUAUGCAUAUGUCUACUUUGCCACCGUCGGAGCUAUGGCUUUUGCCGUCCUGGGUGAGACAGCCUCCUUGGCUUUGAAGGCCAAGACCAUGGCGCUAGCUACCGCUACCCAGUCUGUUAUGGGCGUCGCUAUGAACUUUGCCAUUCCUUACAUGGUCAACCCUGACGAGGGUAAUCUCAAGGGCAAGGUUGGCUUCAUCUUUGGUGGACUUGGUCUCAUUGGCUUUAUCUGGAGUUGGGUCUAUGUCCCUGAGCUCAAGGGCCGACGAUAUGACGAGAUUGAUCACAUGUUCCACAACAAGGUCAGCCCUCGAAAGAUGGGAGAGUAUAAGAUGUGA